CUAGGCAGGUACUCCACCACCAAGCUACAUUCCUGGCCCUUUUCAUUUCUUAUUUUGAGACAAAGUAUAGCUAAAUUGUCCAGACUGACCUAUAACUUGUAAUCCUCCUGCCUCAGCCUUUCAAGCAGCUGAGAUUACAGAUUGUACCACCACACCAAGUUUACACAUUCACUACUUUUGAAUCAUUGUUAUUGCAAAAAAUUAGAAAAUGAGAUUAGAAGGAAUAGAAAAAAACCAAUAAAUUAAAAUUUCCAAAUAAAAGUGAGGGUUUUGUUUUUAAUGCUGUAAUAAGCAAAAUUGAUUUAGGGAAAAAGCAACCUAAAUGUGCAGUUAUACUUAAAAUGGCAUUUCCUGGGACAUAUUUUAGAGUAGUUCUCACCAUGAAUUUUUUUCCCCAAAAUUACCAUGUUGUAUACACUAUAUUUUCACGUUUAUGAAUUUAAAAACAUGUUGCAAUUUCAGAGUUUUGCCAGUAACCUGGCACUUUUUCUCAGUAGUGUUUGACUUUCUUACUAGCUAAGUCUCCUGUUAUGAAGUGCGAGGUGUGGUGAGUUGAUAAUCAGGAAACUAAAAAUUUUCAAUUUAGGUGCAGAAAAUAACCACUUAUUUUAGAAGUGUAACAAAACCCAGCAUUUAGAUAUCCUGCCCUGAGUCUCUUCUCCUUUUGUGCAUCAGUUUUCAUGUAUGUUUGAGGUUGUAAUAUGUUGUCUCAGGCCAUAGACUAAAUCUCAUGUAUACACAAUAGGCAUUUGUUUAUUAACUAGGAUUUUGUUUUUAAACUACAGUGAUUCUUACCAUGAAAACUUCCAAAAGCUGCAGCAGGAAGCUAAGGAGAAAAUUUGGAGAAAGUCUAAACUACAGCAGACUGAAUUCUGCUAUUCUACCUUAUUUUUUUUUAACGGGAUUAGCCUCAGCAUUACUAAUCUCAUCAAAGGCCUUUAAGGGGAAGAACUUGUAGGCUUUGUAAUGACCUUAAUCAAGUAUUAGCCCUAUACAAUUAUUCCCAAUUCUACAAAUGUAUGUUCUUGUCUCUAAAACUGGAGCAGGUUGAAAAGGAAUUACUAAAAGAAGGAAGAGAAGCGUGUUUGGAACUGUAGGCACGUCAGACAGGCACAGGGGCCCUGGAAUAGGGCUAACUGAAUACCCAAGCUUAGCUUCAGGUUUCCUGCCUCCCUCGCAGAGAUUCACGGAAAAGGGAGUCACUCAAUAAAUGUCUGAAUUGAGGUAGGGAAAAAGACGAAAAAUUUGCACUUACAAGGUUUUAAUUUGCAGUUUUCUUCCACUUUUGUCUGCAAACAUAGAGGCUAUGAGGGCAGAGUUAUAUCAUGGCCAGGUUUGCACUCCGUCCAGCACAAGGUUUUGACUCUGUCCGUUAAAAUGAGUUGGUUUGAAUAGAAAUGUAAGUAUCCAGAGGGAAACCCACUUGCUAUAUUAAUCCACUUAUCUUAGAUGUAAUUUGUAUUUCAAGGAAUCGAUCUCUAAUUAGUGGAAAUUUUUAAAAAGAAAAUGGAACGGGAAUCUUUGCUUAUAGUGAUUGACCUGAUAAAAAUACUUUUAAUUUAGAAAUGUGCAAAGAAACAGUAAUGCAAUACAGAAGAAAACUGAAGCAUUUCGGGCCAAUGAAAUCUGUACCUCUCCAUCCAGCCCGCCCAAUGAAAAGCAAGGUUUCACUGGCCAAUCAAAACACUGAAAUUUUAAUAAAGCCUUGACCUUCCCCCACCCCCUCGGUGAAGUAAUUUGUGAAAAAAAGCCUACCAACCCUGUGGUUUUCAAUGAGGUCCGCAAACCUAGUAUUUAGGGGCUGCACCCACCUUCUGUAGUACUGUAGUCUGAAGCAUGUCUGGACGCGGUAAGGGUGGUAAGGGCCUCGGGAAAGGCGGCGCUAAGCGCCACCGCAAGGUGUUGCGCGACAACAUCCAGGGCAUCACCAAGCCCGCCAUCCGCCGCCUGGCCCGCCGCGGCGGCGUCAAGCGCAUUUCUGGCCUCAUCUACGAGGAGACACGCGGGGUGCUGAAGGUCUUUCUGGAAAACGUGAUUCGCGACGCCGUCACCUACACGGAGCACGCCAAGCGCAAGACGGUUACGGCCAUGGACGUGGUCUACGCGCUCAAGCGCCAGGGACGCACGCUCUACGGCUUCGGCGGCUGAGAUUUCUGGGUUUUGCCAUCGCUCGCACUUUGAACAAAGGCCCUUUUCAGGGCCACCCACAAAGUCACGUAAAGGGCUGAGUAUGUUGCCAGGCUUAG